AUGUCGGCCCCAGACACCCCCGAGGCCCAGACGAAUGGCCAUAACGGAACUACACACAAUGGCGAGAAUGGCGCAUCAACUGCGCAAACUAAUGGAGCACCAAAGUCGCAAGAUCCUCACGACGACGGCCACAACAUGUUAAAACAUCCUACGAGGAUAGGAACCGGUCUGAAGGAGCGCAUCAACAAGGUUAAGAACGGUCCUCCCGGCGGCUUCGACCCGACUCCUCUACCGGAUGCGCCCCAGGGCUACACGAUUCGCUUCAUCUUCCACAGCGCCUCGAAUCUUCCACCCGCAGACUUUGUCACGGCCUCUUCAGACCCUUUCCUCGUCGCGACACUUCGAGGUACCCAACCCAAGAGGCACAAGGAGGACCCGGACCUCGUUCACAGGACGAGAACCAUCAGGAAGACCACAGAGCCCAAGUGGGAGGAAGAAUGGGUUGUCGCCAAUGUCCCUCCUACCGGGUUCACGCUUAAGUGCCGAAUGUACGAUGAGGACUUUCCGGAUCACGACGACAGACUGGGCAACGUGACGAUCAAGAUUGAUCGCUUAUCCGACACAUGGAAAGGGCUGGACGAGACGUACAAGGCCAAGAAGCGCAUGAUGAGCAAGAGGGCAUAUUUCGCCAAGGCUCUCACCAGUGUCGUCAACUCGAACGUGCAUAUGACGCCCGUUCUCCAUCUCAGCAUGGAGCUGCUAGGACCAUCCGAUCCACCUUAUGCUCAGAUGUACACGGUAGGACCAACAACCUGGGUCAAGCACUUUAGUCCCUUGAUUGGUCGCAUCGCCGGUGUCAAGGUGAAUGCGAAUGCAGACGAUGACGCUCGAGAUGAUGCCGAUGAACAGGUUGAUAAGAAUGGGAAAAAGAAGCUGAGGACUCAAAAAUACGACUUCCAAGCCAACGAGAUGCAGCUACAAGGCCCGGUUCCUCCAAAGCUGUACCACCGCUUUGUCGAGUUCAGACCCAUCAUCGCCUCCAUCUACUCGUCGACGGGCUUACGCGGCAAGAUUCUAAAUAAGGCACUGCACAGCCAGCACCGCCGCAUUUACAACUUCAACCAGUCGACCGAGUACGGCGACUUUGACGCGUGCUCUAAGGAGGCUGCGCUUCAGUUCCUGAAACUGGUCCACUUUGACCAGGGAGGUCGCAUCUUCACCUACGUGUUGACUCUGGAUGGCAUGUUCAGGUUCACCGAGACGGGUAAGGAGUUUGGCAUUGACAUGCUGAGCAAGCAUACCAUGCAUUCAGAUGUCGAGACGUACAUCGCCUGUUCGGGCGAGUUCUUCAUUCGACGUCUCAAGCAUCCUGUGUCUUCGGAUGAGGUGCAUCCGAAGGAGAAGACGCACCCGAACGAACCUGUCUCUGGUGGACCACCCAGAGACGACCCCCCACACAACCCUGCGUAUUACCAGCUCAUCAUUGACAAUGAUUCGGGCACAUAUCGACCCGACAAGUCUACUCUUCCAUUGCUGAAGGAGUUCCUCGAGAAGAACUUCCCUGAGCUUGGUAUCGUGGCGAUGCACUGGGAGGACAAGGACCUGCAAGACAUGAAGGAAGCUCAGCGAACCACCAAGAAGAGCGAGGGCAGAAUGGUCAACAUGGUGAUGAACAGAAGCCAGAGUAGCAUCAGCUCAGCCGAGAGUGAGCUCGACGACCGCGAGGCUGGCUGGGAGCAAGGGCAGAAGAGCAAGCGAGAGGCGGCAUACGAGGCCCUUGAAGACCCGCACAAGGUCAAGGAUGUUGUCAAGACGUUUGUUCCUGGCAUGAAGUCGGAGAGGGGGGAGAGCUCCAAGUGA